AUGAGGAGGCCUCCAACCCCGGCGCGCGUGCGCCGCUCGCUCUUCCUCCUCCUCUGCUGCUGCUGCUGCCUCGCCGCCUGGUCACCGCCGGCCGUGCGCGCACUCCCGCUGUGCACCGACGGGCGGGCGCCGGUGCCGCUGAACAGGACGCUGGGCUUCUGCUCCGCUUACGGCGGGCGCAGCAGAAGCAGGAGCAGCUGCUGCGACGCCGCCGCGGACGCCGCGCUGCGGAAGAGGUUCCGCGCCAUGAACAUCUCCGACGCGGCCUGCGCUGGCGUCGUCAAGUCCGUCCUCUGCGCGGAAUGCAAUCCAUUUUCUGCUGAGUUGUUCAACUCAAGCUCAAAGAUUCAGAUGGUUCCCCUCCUGUGCAACUAUACUUCCUCAGCAAGUUCUGCUCAGUCAAAAGAUUCUACACAAGACUACUGUAAACUAGUUUGGGAGACUUGCAAAAAUGUGACAAUAGUAAAUUCUCCUUUUCAACCUCCCUUGCAAGGAAGUGCAAGACUGCCUAGUUCAUCGUCAAAGCUCACAGAUGUCUGGCAGUCGGAAGAUGAAUUCUGCACAUCAUUUGGUGGCUCAUCUGGAGACCAGUCUCUAUGUUUCAAUGGAAAUGCAGUUUUCUUCAACAGCACAGAACCAUCACCCACACCUAAAGGGAUAUGCCUUGAGAGAAUAGGCAAUGGAUCCUUUCUGAAUAUGGCUCCACAUCCUGAUGGAUCCAACAGAGUUUUCUUGUCUAGCCAAGCUGGAAAGAUAUGGUUGGCAACCAUCCCAGAACAAGGCUCUGGGGGCAUUCUACAAUAUGAUGAGGCAAAUCCAUUUCUUGAUAUAACUGAUGAAGUUCAUCAUGAUUCUCAGUUUGGCCUCAUGGGUAUAGCAUUUCAUCCAAAGUUCGCUACCAAUGGACGCUUCUUUGUUUCUUAUAAUUGUGAUAGAACUCAAUCGCCUAAAUGUGCUGGUAGGUGUUCAUGUAAUUCUGAUGCUAACUGUGAUCCGUCAAAGCUCGGCCCUGACAAUGGUGCUCAGCCAUGCCAGUACCAAGUUGUUGUUUCAGAGUAUUCUGCAAAAAUCUCCUCAUCUAACGUUUCUAUGGCAACAUCUGCCAAUCCAUCUGAGAUUAGAAGGAUUUUUACAAUGGGACUGCCGUAUACAGCUCACCAUGGAGGGCAAAUACUAUUUGGACCAACAGAUGGAUACCUUUACCUUAUGAUGGGGGAUGGUGGAAGCGAAGGCGACCCGUUUAAUUUCUCGCAAAAUAAGAAAUCACUUUUGGGGAAAAUAAUGAGGCUUGACGUUGACAGCACCCAAAGCCAGAGUCAAACCACAAACCAGAGUUUAUGGGGUAACUAUUCUAUCCCAAAGGACAAUCCGUUUGCUGAUGAUAGUGAUUUUCAACCAGAGAUAUGGGCCUUGGGUUUUAGCAACCCAUGGAGAUGCAGUUUUGACUCUGAGAGGCCUUCGUACUUCUACUGUGGAGAUGUUGGGAAGGAUGCAUACGAAGAAGUAGAUUUAAUCACCAAGGGUGGAAACUAUGGAUGGCGUGUAUACGAGGGGCCAUACAUCUUUCACCCACAAAAGUCGCCUGGAGGGAACACUUCACUUGACUCCAUAAACGCAAUUUUCCCUGUCAUGGGCUACGACCAUUCUACUGUCAACAAGGAAAUUGGAUCUGCGUCAAUUACAGGCGGAUAUGUUUACCGAGGCUCUACUGAUCCUUGCUUGUAUGGAAGGUACCUUUACACCGACCUGUACUCAUCGCUGAUGUGGACCGGCACGGAGACCCCAGAGGGGAGCGGGAACUACACCUCGGCCGUGAAACCGGUGAGCUGUUCCAAGACCUCCCCGAUCGCCUGCGAAUCCACCGCUGGGAGCACAGACCCGCUGCUCGGAUACAUCUUCUCGUUCGGGGAGGACAACAGCAAGGAUGUCUUCGUUCUGGCGAGCAAGGGCGUGUACCGAGUCGUCAGGCCCAGCCUCUGCGGCUACACCUGCCCCGCGGAGAAACUGCCGACCGACAACGGCACCACGACGCCAGGCGGAGGGCCUUCGUCUUUCGCUCCCGCUCCCGCGACGCGGCUAGGGAGAUCGGUGGCAGUAGCUUUGGCGUUGAUUCUGUGUGCAUUGUUAUUGUAG